AUGGACCCGUACGAGGCCGUCGGCUGGAUCCGCGCCCUGCGCCGCGGCGCCAUCAACGCCCGCCAGCUCGCUUUUCUCCAGCACUACACCCCCCGCCCGCUCCACAUCCCCAACCACACCCGCCCGCGCUCACGCUCGCGCUCCGGCGCCCUCGUCGGCGCACUGUGGCCCACCCUAAAGGGCGCCCGCCCGUUUCGGCCGCGCAGCCCGCAGUCGGGCAAGCACCUCAAUGCCCACCCGUUUCCGCUCCAGCCAAGCCGAUUUUCUAACGUCUUGGCCCAGUCUCGCUCGUGA